AUGACCUCAUCUACGCGACGAGUUGGCUGGUAUGGCCUGGGAUCUAUGGGCCUUGGAAUGUCAUUGAAUCUCCAGAAGUAUUUUCAAGCGAAUAACUUGCCUCCGCUUCACUACAGCAAUAGGACGCUCUCGAAAGGAGAUGCUCUUCGUGAUGCAGGGGCUGUACCUGGAGACUUCGGCACGAUGGUUCAGAAUUCAGACGUGAUUUUUACAAUGCUUUCCACAGAUGACGUUCUCGUUGAUUUUGUGAAGGAUGUUGUUGCCAUGGACUUUUCUCUAGAACGCAAAAUUUUCGUCGAUUCGUCUACAGUUCACCCAGAGACAGCUGAGUGGGCAGCGAAACAUCUGAAUGACUAUGGUGCUUCGUUUGUUGCAGCACCAGUAUUUGGUGCAAGUACUGUAGCAGCCGCUGGAACUCUCAUAUUUGCUGUGGCGGGUCCCGCUACAGCAGUCGAGACCAUCAGACCGCUAAUAAUCAAUAUUAUGGGACGCAGCAUCAUUGAUAUGGGAGAGGACGUGCGCAAGUCAAGUCUACUAAAAAUCUCAGGAAAUAUUCUCGUGAUCAGCUUCAUGGAGGUCAUUGCUGAAGCACAAGUCUUUGCGGAAGUGACAGAUAUUGGCACUCAGCAAAUAGAAGAAUUUAUCGGCAAUAUGUUUGGAUCAGUAUUGCAAAGUUAUUCUAAGCGGAUCACGAGUGGCGCUUACGCACCUCCCUUGGAGACGGGGCCUGGCUUUGCAGCUGCCCUUGCAUCCAAGGACAUGAAGCACGCUCUCGCUAUUGCUGGCGGUCAUAAUAUACGUCUUCACACGCUUGAAACUGCUUCAAAGAGGUUAAACACUGCACGUGAGUAUGCCGGUGAGUGCUUAGAUAGUUCAGCUAUCUAUGGGGUCGGCCGGAUGGAAGCGGGGAUGUCGUUUUGGAGUCAGAAUAGCCGGCAAGGAAACAAUUAG